AUGAAUUCAUCUUCUAGGAGGAUUAAUCCAAUAUUUAAAGUUUUGGCUAUAUUGAUACUGAUAUACGCACUUUAUAUUUUACCAUGUUUCUUCCCAUCAAUCAGAUCUCAUUGUUGUUGCCAUACAAAGAAACAUCCAACACAACCGAAGCAAAAUCCAUCUAAAAAUACACAAGAAAAACAAAAUAUUACUACACGAUAUAACGAUGAUUCAGGAACAGUUGAAAAACUCUAUCAAACGGUCAAAAGUUUAGAUUUACUUGAGUUAAUUAAACAGAAAAAUGCAAUUGAUGAAAAGCUCACGAAAUUAACCAAUGACCUUAGUAAAAUACAAGUGCCAGAACAACAAAAGACUGAAGAAAUUCAACGUAAAUCUGAAGAAGAAAUUAUUAAGGAGAUUCUCAAAGAAACGAAGUACGAAUAUGAUAACGAGUUACCUCUCGUGCUUACUUCAAUCUUUACACCAACCCAUAAAUAUGGAAAAUCUCAAUUCAACCUUAUCAAAGAAAACUCUGCCCAUCGUUACAACCAAGGCAUUGAACAAAAGGAUGGAAGAUGGUGUGUCAAUGAUGAACAAGCUAAUUUCUCUUUCUGGACACCUUAUCCACUUUGGGGCUUGUAUUUCAGCGUUUCUUUCGACAAAGCUGGCCAAGAAGGUAAUGCAAAGUCAAUCUUCUUCGAAUUACUAUUAGAUGACAAGAUUGUCUUAAGAACAGAACCAAUUCAAGUAAAUGGAAAUAUUUUAGAGAAGGAACUUCAUGAGCCAACAAGAUUCAAUAGACUAAGAGUCAUUGCAUCUAAUGAUAAUGAUUCUAAAGUAUGCAUCGGCAAUGUUUCUGCUAAAACUGUUAAAAAACCAAUUAUUGACGCACAGAACUCUGAUUUGUAA